AUGCCUGCCGCUACCGAAACCGUUACUGAUCAGCCAACCGGCUACAUUAACAACCUUACUCCUGAACAAGUACAGAAGCUGAAGCAGUUGUGGGGAAAGCUCUUUGAAAUCUAUGAUCAACAGGUCGAAGAAUCCCCUCUCUCUACUCCCACAGGACGCUCUCGUCAAGGAAGCACCGACUCAAAAUCUUCGUUCGGUUCAUUCUUUGGCAAAAAGAAGAAGGUCGAGCGUGAAUCAGUGUUCCUUACAUCUACCUUUAACGACGCUAGUGGCACUUCCCCUGCUCCAUUGGAGGAGGCUAUCAAGAGUGUUUCCGGUAAACACUUGAAGGCUGCUUGCUGGAGCGCUAUCGGUGUUGAUAACCCUGAUGCACUUUUGCUCCGUUUCCUCCGCGCUCGUAAGUGGGACGUUGACAAUGCCUUUACCAUGCUUUCCGCCGCUUUGAGAUGGAGAAUUGAGGAACGUGUUGACGAGAUCAUUCAUUUGGGCGAAGCUGGUCUUCGUGAGGAGUUGGAACGAUUGGAACCUGGUCAGUCUAAGAAGUGGCUCGAUCAAUUCAACAGCGGAAAGAGCUUUUUGGGUGGCCCUGAUAAGGGUGGCCGACCUGUCUGCUAUAUCAACGUAAAGUUGCACAAUAAGGACGCUCAAUCUUUGGAAAUCAUGAAAUGCUUCACCAUUCUGACCAUGGAGACCGGUCGAUUGUUGGUUGCUCAACCUGUUGAGACUACUUGCUUGGUGUUCAACUUGGCCGACUUUACUCUUGCUAACAUGGAUUUCGACUUUGUCAAAUUCCUUGUUACUUGCUUCGAAGCUUACUACCCAGAAUCUCUUGGUGUUUGCCUCAUUCAUCGUGCCCCUUGGGUUUUCUCGGCUGUUUGGUCCAUGAUUCAACCCAUCUUGGAUCCCGUCGUUGCUAGCAAGAUUCACUUCACAAAGACAGACGAGGAACUUCUUCAGUACAUUAAUAAGGAAAACCUUCCUGAAAUUCUCAGUGGCACUGCCCACCACUCUGGAAAGUAUGUCGCUCCUCCCGUCACUUCAGUAGUUGAUGCUGCUAAGGAGUUCCCUGAAUUUGACGCUGUCAAGGAGAAGUAUGAGGCUGCUACCAGAGAGUGGGCCUCUACCCCAGGUGCUAGCAUGGAUGGCCGAAAAGCAAUGGCUCUUGAAUACAGACUUGCUAGACUGAAGAUUGAGGAUGGUGCCCGCGCAAAGACUCACUACCAUCGUGUCGGUAUGAUCAACAAUGAAGACGGCCGUCUUCGCAUUAAUUAUCAAAACGAGACCAGCGUUGAAGAAGAUUUGACGGAGCGUGUCUAG